AUGUCCGAUUUAUCAUGUGAUAGUCUUCAUCUUCCAGCCUUCCGAUAUAUAGUAUUUGAGAUUGUGUUUGUCAACAAGAAACCAGUAGAGUAUGUUCUAAAUAACUAUGAUGUAAAUACAGCAAUUCGGGCAGCUGUUCUACAGGCUCAUGGUGAUUUUGGUUUAGGAAUAUUACAGAACUCUUUACAUGUAAAGUAUAUGAGCAACCAUCAAGAUGUUAUAUUAGUAAAAGCUAGAAGAGGUGCACAUAAACUUCUACAAACAGCAGUCACAAUGUUCCUCAAGAAAAUCAAAACAUUUGAUGUUGUCUGUAGAACUCUUCAUAUAGGAGGAACUAUCAAAGCUUGUCAGAAAUUUUUACUUCAAUAUUAUCGUAAACAGCUACCAGCUCUCAUGUUGAAAUGUUCUAAUUUAGAUGAAAUGAAAGAGAUACAAGAAGUGAUAUUAUCAACUUGCUGUGGUCUGGAAAGUGACAAGAAAUUGGGUUGUUUAACCUGAUUUACAUUAAUUCUGUCUGAAAAAAGAAUUGUUAUUGUUAAUGGGUUUAGAAACUGUGAUUUGUGGAAGAAGAGCUAACCUUAAAGUGAAAUAUCAGUUAUGAUAUAAAGUGUAAUAUCAGAAAUUAGCACUCUGAGACCUAUAUAUUUGAAUUGAGAGACUAAGUUUCCAGGUCAAGGAGAUCUUUUGUGGUUCUGAAGAUUUCCUUGCCUCAACCAACCCACAUUUCUAAAAAAAACUGAGAUUGGGCAAUGUGUUAUUGUGGAAAUAUAAAAAUAUUAAACUUAACUCAAAAUAUAUUAUACUGUUUUAUUAAACAAUGAUAAUAAGGUGUGUCAAUCUGAUUUUUAAGAUAUUACAUUUUUGAAUAAAGAAAAAAUAUUCUACAGAAAGUUUAUUCUACAUAUAUAUAACAGAACAAUUUAAAUAACAAAACAAAAUCUAUACAAGUUUUUAUAGAAAUUGUGUAUACCUGUUUGUAGACAAAAUACAUGUAUACAAAAUCUGUCAUGCUUGUACUAUUAUAUAUUUUGUAUAAAUUAUUAUAAAUAUCAAGGAUACAAAAUAUAUAAAAUAAAUAUAGACAAAGAUAUUUCUACAGAUUCAGAGAUAUUCCUAACCUGAUUAGUCUCUAGUGUGUUAUAGGAGAAAAUGCUAAAUCAAACAUUACAGAUUAAAUCUCAACUGUGUUUGUUGGCAGCUUUCUCUACCUUAUAAUGUAAUAUAACUUCUAUAACAUGGUAAGUAGAGUACCCUAGGUAUAAAAUGAGGGUACCCUGUUUCAAAACAAACCUAUCAGCUCUUCUACGUAAUUUAUGAUAUUCAAAUCUAUCCUUAGGAUAUAGACAAUCUAUUUGACCAGUUUCUGCCAAUUUAAAUCCUGGUCUUUUGAAUGUAAAGAGUUUCUACAAUUUUCACAGUUAGAAAUCUUAGAUCUAGGUGUACAAUUAUUUACAACCACAAUCACAAACAUUACAUUAGAUUAUAAUGGAAGGCACAUGUUUGAAAUUCAGGCUAUCAUUAAGUUGCUGCUGGUGAAACUGUUAAGAACAAUUUGGAAGUAACCCAGUCUAAACUUCCACAGUGUCUUAUUAUAGUUGUAGGAGAAUCUGAUUUGGGACUUAAUUAAGUUAAAUUUCAGCAUUAUCAGCUGGUAAGGUAAAUAUUAUCUAGACUAUA